AUGACAUCACGGGUGGCCCUGGGGGCUGGCGUGUCCAUCCGUGUAGGCGUGUCGGUCAGCAGAAGCAUCUGUGUGACAUCCAUGCGUGUGUGCGCUGCUGACACGUGUCACUGCAGGUCCAGCCGCACCCAGGUCCUCAACUCCUACCUGUGCCUGGACGAGAACCCCGACAGACCGGACGCCUUCGCCUGUGAACCCUUUGUUGUGCGCUUCAGCCUGCCCAGCAAAGGUGAGUGUGUGCCAGGACACCUGGUUCUGCUGGGAGGGGAGUGGAGCCGGGGGGAGGCGGAGAUCAGUGCGCUUUACAAUGUCUUCCUGGAUGUCCAGGCCCGUUGGGGGACAGAGGACAUCAUGUUCCUGGGGGACUUUAACACCGACUGCGGUUACGUGGCCAAGAAGCGCUGGGGCCAGAUCCAGCUGCGGCGCGAGCCCGGCUUCCACUGGCUAAUCGGAGACGCCGCCAACACCACUGCGCGGAACAGCACACACUGCGCCUAUGACAGGAUCGUGGUGCAUGGGGAGCGCUGCCUGGGGCUGGUGGUGCCCGGCUCAGCCCAGCCCUUUGACUUCCCUGGCACGUUCGGGCUCACAGAGACCGAGGCGCUGAAGGUCAGUGACCAUUACCUGGUGGAGGUGCAGCUGGAACUGAACGCAGCCCCGACGGGGCCCUGCCCGGCUGCCCCUGGCCGGGCGGGGGGCUUGGCUCUGACCUCCCUGCUCGGUGCACGGACAGGGACCGAGGGGCUGGAGUGUAAACCCACCUGCAGAACCCUCUGA